AAAAUUGAAAACGAUGCUCAAUGACGUUUUAUGUAGGAAAUUUAAUUUUUUUUUUCCUGAAAACAAAUUGUGUUUUAAACCAAUUGCAAAUCAAUGGAUGUUCAUCUUCAUCAUCUAAAGAGAUGCAGCAGAGGCGUGAACCAUUGCGAUUGCUGCAAACGUUGGUAACACUGAUGUUUGGCUGUCACGUACGAUACGUUCAACAUGUAUAUUCUGACAUUCUGUCUAUGUGUGAGCGAAUGCAUGAAGUAAUCAUCACCACCUUUCAAAGCUCGGCAAACUGUCACUUUCGGGCGAUUGUGUCUAUGUUUGUGGAAUUCGCAUAAUUUGUAUAUGUGGUCAUACAUUCGAGUAGUAUUUCGUUCAACUUUUAUUUCGUAGCGAAAGUUUCGGUUUUUCGGUGGAUAGCUUAAGAUUUCAAUUGUCCAAAAUAACGUGCAACAAUGGAAGCAUACGAUGUAAUCGUUAACCAACCGGUUGUUAUUGAUAAUGGUUCUGGUGUUAUAAAAGCUGGCUUUGCUGGUGGUCAUGUGCCUAAGUGCCGCUUCCCGAACUACAUCGGUCGGCCGAAACAUGUUCGAGUAAUGGCUGGUGCCUUAGAGGGUGAUCUCUUUGUCGGACCAAAAGCUGAAGAGCAUCGUGGUUUACUUAGCAUUAGAUAUCCAAUGGAACAUGGAAUUGUGACAGAUUGGAAUGACAUGGAACGGAUAUGGACGUAUAUUUAUAGCAAAGAUCAAUUGUCCACCUUCUCCGAAGAGCAUCCCGUUCUAUUGACAGAAGCACCACUGAAUCCGCGCAAAAAUCGAGAGAAAGCCGCCGAAAUCUUUUUCGAAACAUUCAAUGUACCAGCGUGGUUUGUCUCCAUGCAAGCCGUUCUCAGUUUAUAUGCCACCGGUCGUGUAACAGGUGUCGUUUUAGAUUCAGGAGAUGGUGUAACCCAUGCAGUUCCAAUUUAUGAAGGUUUUGCCAUGCCAAACAGUAUAAUGCGAGUGGAUAUUGCUGGUCGCGAUGUCACACGCCAAUUGCGUGCGCUGAUCCGCAAAGAAGGAUUCAAUUUCCGUACAACGGCCGAAUUCGAAAUCGUUCGUUCGAUCAAAGAGAAAGUGUGUUAUCUGGCACCCAAUUCGCAAAAAGAGGAAGGAAACGAUGCUGAAAAGAUAGCAUACACAUUGCCUGAUGGCAACACGCUUGACAUUGGUCAAGCUCGUUUCCGUGCGCCCGAAGUUCUGUUCAGGCCAGAUUUGAUAGGCGAAGAAUGCGAGGGAAUUCACGAGGUGCUCAUGUAUGCUAUUGAGAAAUCGGACAUGGAUCUGAGAAAAAUCCUAUAUCAAAAUAUUGUACUCUCCGGUGGAUCGACACUGCUCAAAGGAUUCGGUGAUCGUUUGCUGAUGGAAUUGAAGAAAAGUCUGCCAAAGGAUCUGAAGAUUAGGAUCGCCGCGCCACAGGAGCGUUUAUACUCGACAUGGAUGGGCGGAUCAAUUUUGGCCUCUUUAGACACAUUCAAGAAGAUGUGGGUGUCGAAGCGAGAAUUCGACGAGGAAGGUCAUCGUGUUAUACAUCGCAAAACAUUCUAAGCAAUCAAUGGUGUUAUUUUUUUUACCGCUUUUUGUUUAUCCAGGCACAACCAAAAGUGCACAAUUCAUAUUUUUGUACUCUCGUGAUUUGGCUCUGGGGAAAUGACACAAAGACAACCAAUAAAAUAGCAAAUGAUUCGAAUUAGUUGAGAUUAUACUCUAAAUCAUAUCUAGUUUAAUAUCUGGCCAUUCAAACGGCGGCGGCAAUGAGUCCAAUCAGAUCAGAACCCAGAGCAAUCAAUCUCGAUUGAACUAUAAACUAAUAGUCGUUCAACUUAUUUUAAGAUCUAAAGACUUUUUCCAAUUGAGUUUUUAAUGUAAUGCUAAUAUUUCUUUUUUUGUAUUUAAUUGAUCGAUGAAGACAGAAAAUGCUAACAAUAUAAUUUUUGAUAAAUCUAAUGGUAGAACAAAUGAUUCCUUCUGAAUCGAAUGAUGAUGCCCUUUCCCAGUGCGAAAUAUGAAAUCGGGUUGCUUUACUUCAUUUUUAUCAAGCUUACUUUUUUCCAAAUUUAUUUAUUGUUUUCGAGAGAAUGAAAAUGAAGUCAAACAACCGACACCACAUUAAUGAAAUAAAUGAAUUCCAGCUACUUAGAAUGUUGCAUACAUGCAAUUGAUAGUGAGAAAAAAUGUAAUAAAUUGAUAGAAUAAAGCAAAAAAUCAAUGAAUAUCUUUGGUGUUUAUCAGAAGCAUUCAGCUCAACCCAUAAAAUCAGAUGAAUGAGCCACAAAUUUCACGAAAUUUAGAUGAAAUGAAAUCGAAUAAAGAAACAUUGAAUACACUGAUAUUAGUUAACUUUGAACAAAAGUUGAAUAAACCACACAUUUAUGUUUUGUUUAUGAAAUAAACGCUUCACCUCGUGAAUCUUCAGGAUGUAAAAAUUACAAA